AUGCCCAAAAACAGCCUGACAACUCGCAUUACCAUUGCUUGUGACGGAUGUGCUUUCAAGAGAGUCAAGUGUGAUGGAAAGCAACCGUCAUGCUCACUCUGCACUGGACUUGGACAGGCAUGUGUGUUUUUACGAAAGAUACGAAAGAGAGGCCCAAAGAAUGGCCAUGUGGACAGAUUACAUGCUCGCAUUCGUGAAUUAGAGGCCAAACUAGAGAGCUUACAAUCCAACAACGAUUCAAAAGACCAAUCUAUUUCAACUUCAGCAUCUAAUGCCGGCAUGAAUGCUACUUUUAAUUUGAUUGCUGAUUCGGAAGCUUGUGAUGCACUUAGCAUGACCUCUGCUUCUUCAAAUGCAACCGCUCUUUUGGAUAAUCUCGAAUUGCUAGAUCACCCCUUUGCUGCAACGGUCGGUAGUGGUGAUGGGUCUGGUAGUGGGUAUAUGAUGGCCAACAACGAUCCAUCCAUGCCAUUCUCCUUGCCCAUGUCUGCUUUGUCGCAGAUUUCAUCAUUCAAUGCUAUACAAUCACAGCUAUCCUUUACACCACAUGAUACAGUCACAUCACAGCCCAAUGCUCAUAUGCUAAUUGGUUUUGAUAUACCUGCACUAUCACCAAAAUGGGUUAAAUCUAUGUACAUGCAGCAUCUUCCAGACCACAUUCCAGGCACCACUUCAACGCCGAUCCAUAACGAGAUUCACAUGGAUCUUAUUGAUAGAUAUUUCGAAUACUUUCUUACACAGUUUCCCAUUUUUCCAAAAAAAGAAUUUGUUGAUAAUAUCCAAAAACAAUCUCCGUUGCUUCUGAAUGCCAAAUAUGCUUUAGCAUUAACUCAGCCCACUCUGCCUGACCAAGACACGUUCCAUGCUGGUGACUUGUAUUUUAAGCGUGCUACAUCAAUUCUAGACAACUAUUUAGAGCAAGCAACCUACUCGACUGUUGCUGCACUGGUGCUUUUGUCCUACUACUCUGCCUGUUGUGGACUUGGUGAAAAGGGAUAUCUAUACGCAGGAAUGGCUAUUCGAAUGGGACAAACGAUGGGGCUUAACAGAUCCAUAUCAGCAGAAAAGGCUGCUUUUAUGACAUUGAAAGAGAUUGAGCUACGUAGACGGAUGUGGGCUUUGCUGUAUGUACUGGAUCGUUCUGCUAGUUUGGUCAAGACCGACAUUCCAUUUACUAUUCGUGACGAAGAUUGUGAAGUAUCUAUACCCGAUCUCCUGUACGUGUUUACCUACCACGAACCAGUGUGUGACGCAUCUGUUCCGUUGAUAUCUCAUUCCAUAGCGUCUAAUGAAAGCCACACUAUUUCUGAAUCACACAUGUUUUCUGUUCCACAGAAUUUUGGACUCGCUGGGUCUGGCGAGCAAGAAGGAAACCUAAUUUACGAUCCCAAUCUUGCUCAACACGACACGAUGGACAUUUUUUCGUUACAACAUUAUCCACCACUUCUCCAAUCUCAACAAGCCUCUAUUCCACAACAGCUGCUCCAUCAACUACCUCCUCAGCCCAAAUGUGUGUACAACAAGCAUUUUUCACAUUCACUGGGACUCACACGUAUUCUGUCGUGUAUCAAGGAGUUUGACAAGACAUUGCGAGGAACAACAACUCGGCCAGAGCAUUUUGAUUCAGACAUGGACAGAGCAUUGUUAGAGAACCGACUUCAGACAUGGUGGAGCACUCAAGCACCCUGGGUGAGACAGAUUAGUCAUAGGUAUGGAACGGAUGUUCUUUCUAUCCAUCCUCCUCACUGGAUCAUUGCCCACCGUCAAAUCAUGUACCAUUAUGCACGACUGUUGCUACAUGGAUCUCGUAUUUUUAAACUACAAAGACGACAGUCAUCAGAAGUGUUAUCUGAUCCUUCAGCAAUGAUUUGUUUUGACGCAGCCUAUCAAAUUUCUAUUAUUCUAUCACGUUUUACAAAGUAUAAUCCAGGAUUUGCAUAUGUUGGAUGGUUGUUUGCACUUGGUUUAUUCCGAGCGGGGAUUGUAUUUAUUCUGUCGAUCCGAAUGGGAAUCGUAGAUCCAUAUUCAGGGGAUGAUCCAGCCGAAUUGCUAGAUAUGCAGAUCACAUCGCUAAAGCAGAUUGGUAGGUUUUGGAUUUUAGCAAAACAUUUGGCCAACAGUCUUGAGAUUUGGCGAGACAGUGGACGGGAUAUUGGGGCAGCACAUGUUGCCUCGCUGCGACGGAGUGAAUUAUAAUAUAGAGCCGUCAAUUACGAGAUGAUGGGUUUGGUUGUGGGAUGACUAUUGAAGAUUUAAAAUCAGGGGUUGAUUUUUACAAGCAAUAAAACUUUAGAUAAGCU